AUGACUUCCAUCGAAAACCUCAAGUCUUUCGACCCCUUCGCCGAGGCCGAUGCGGAUACCGGAGACUCUACCAAGCAGUCGCAGAACUACAUCCAUAUAAGGAUUCAGCAGCGCAAUGGUCGCAAAACCCUGACUACCGUCCAAGGCCUCCCAAAGAAGUUCGAUCAGAAGAAGAUCCUCAAGGUCAUCAAGAAGAAGUUCGCUUGCAAUGGCACUAUCGUGCACGACUCGGAGAUGGGCGAGGUGAUUCAAUUGCAGGGGGACCAGCGCAAGGAUGUGCAAGAGUUCCUCGUGGACAAGAAGGAAGGAUUGGAGCUAGAUGCCAAGACCAUCAAGGUCCAUGGUUUCUAG